GGAGUGUGCGGAGCAGGAGCAGCGAGCGAGGUGGGAAGGAAGUGGCCCCAACCUGAUUGAUGACGAUCACGGAAAAAGAAGGCGGAUGCCGAGUGGGCUUGACGCGAGCGCUGAUCGAAGAUCGAAGUGUAAAUCAAGCGGCACCCGUGUAGGAAAUAGAUCAAGCAUGGAACGGGGCCCUGUGUUAAAGCCCCAUGCGUCUGCACUGUUAAAAUCGGACACUCGAACAUAGUGCUGCCGGGAGAAAAGGUGCCGAACAUUUUCGCGGUCUCAGGUCUCGCAGCUGUGCAGCCAUGGCAACAGACACAAGUGACAUCGCCAAGCAAGGCUACGUUCGUGUUCGCAGUCGUAACAUCGGCGUGUGGCAGCGACGGUGGCUCGUGCUGCGCAAGGCAACCAGCACAACAGCAUGUCGUCUGGAGAAGUAUCUCGAGGAAAAACACGCCCGCACCCACACUGGACAAAAGGUGGUGCUCCUGACACCAGCCACAAGCAUCACCCGUUUACCAACUAGCGUUCGAAAGCAUGCCUUCUCCAUCUGCUUUCAGGAUGGAUCAGUCAAAUCAGUGGCAUGCGAUUCUGAUCUGGAAGCGGACACCUGGGUGAAGCUGAUGGUGCAGGAAUGCCUUGAGCCACAGUCUGGCCUUUCAGCUGGGGAACCAGACAUACUGAGCCCAGGGAUCCAGAAAGAGCUCCAAGAACAAUUUCAUGUCUAUUUGGUACCAAGCCCAAAGCUGGAUGUCUUUGGCGAGUGCUUACUACAGGUCACCCAUGAACACAUAUACCUUUGGGAUCUGCUUAGCCCUCGUACUAAGCUGGCUGCAUGGCCCCUGACUGCUCUACGACGCUAUGGUAGUGAUCCAGCAAAAUUCACCUUUGAGGCUGGCAGGCACUGCGCCACUGGAGAAGGCAUGUUUGUGUUCCACACUCUUGAGGGAGAGAAGAUCUACUGCAAAGUUCACCAAGCCACGCUUGCCAUUGCUGAGGCGCAUCAUCGUUCCAGACGGCUGCAUGCAGUGCCUUCAGCUCCACCUCAGAGCCUGAUCCCACCCACUGGCCCAGCAUCGUCUGUGCCCUAUCGUAACUCCACGAGCCCCCUCCAGCAAUUCAGCUCAUCUGAAAACCUACCAGGUAGUCAGGAGCGGACCAACCAUUCAUUAAUGCCCCUGCGGGACGUGCCUACUACCUCGCAGUCCUUUGACAACAUCUUAAAUCCCCCACGAGUUUCCAGUACUGUUGGUGGGACCUCGCGUUGUAGUCUGCGAUCCCAUCUUCUUCAGUUUCAAGCGCGCUGAUGAUCAGCACAAGUGAGGGAGACUGUGUAUAUGUGAAUGAUCUGCUGAACAAGUGAAGCUAUGGGCAUGUGGAUCAUGAUUUUCUUUUUAACACACAGUAGUGGACUGCUGCUGCUGUAGCGGCUUUGGACCUGUCCUCCUUCGAAUGGUUGUAGAACACCAUUUUUGCAACUCACCAUGCAUGUGUAAAUGUUUGUCCUCACUUGUACUGAUUUAUGUGUGCACUAAAGUGGACUCAAAGUGGAUAAGCCUUUGUGGUUGUUAUUACCCGAUGAGGUAGCACUUUUUUAUGUUACCUUCAGAGCCUUGUGCAUCGCUGUUUUAUUCGGUUGAUUAGACAUAGCUUGUGUGUGGCAGAUACCUCAGGUGCCCUAAGCUGUGGACACUGAAAUGAGUAUGUUUAAGAAACCAUGUUGCCCUCCUUUGUUCACAUCUUUACAUAUUGUAGACCUGGGCUGGCUGGUACAUGUUCCAACCAUUGUUUGGCUUUAAGGCCAUCAUAUAUAUAUGUUGGAAACAAGAGUGGACACUAAAAUUGUGUGUGUGAAUAAGAACUUUACUUCGUUUAUGUCAUUUAUUGUACUUGUACACUGCCAACAAAAAGUUGCUUGAAAUUAGUGUUUGUAUUAUUUAUGGAACACCUCUACACAGCCAUUGGUUGCUUUCUGAAUGCUAGACUUUGUUUUCACCCACCGCGGUGGCUUAGCAGCUAUGGUGUUGCGCUGCUAAGCACGAGGUCGCGGAAUCAAAUCCCUGUCGCGGCGGCUGUAUUUUGAUAAAGGCGAAAAGCGAAAACGCCCAUGUUCCAUGCAUUGAGGGCAUGUUAAAGAUCCCUUGGUGGUCAAAAUUAAUCCGGAGUCCCUCGCUACGGCGUACCUCUUAAUCAAAUCGUGGUUUUGGCACGCAAAACCCCAGAAUUCAAAUUCAGACUUUGCAUGUUCAGGAAAAAAAAAAAAAAACACUGGAAGAAAGCAAAGUUACUUGUUGAACAUGAAAGUGAGUGAAUGUACCAAACAUGUGAUUUGGUUAAUUGGUGUGCUAUUUUGAAUUUUUUCUUAGCUUUGGUAUUUAUAUUAAUUUUAACUAUCCCAAACAUGAAUGGGUACUUCAGUCAUAUUCAUAAAAUAGCUCUGCAGCUCGAACUCUUGAAUUUUGUGUUAAGGUUAGGACAGGUUGCUGUAGACAUAAUGCCUUCGUGGGCAGACUGUAUUCUAGAUUGUGUUAUUUGCAUUGCCUUGUCUUGUGCUGGUAUUCAUAUCUGUUCUGCACAGGCUCCUUAAUGGCAUAGCCCUGGCUGGGCUUUACUAACAAAGUUUGUAUUCAUCAGGAUUGUAUAUAAAUAGCACUGCAACAGAACCGUAGUGCGUACAUCAUUUUUUUUGUUAAUUUCUAGUGGUAAGAAGGCCUUUAGUAUUGGUUGAAACAAUUAUUGAUGUAACUACUUCACAUGAAGAUAGGAAAAUUAAAGGUGGUACCUGAUUGUUAUUUUUUUUUGUCACAAGCAAAAGCUACUUCCACAGCAGUUCUAUGAUGUAACACUGUGCUCAUGUUAUUCAUGGAGGGAUCUUUUUCUACCUGAAGUUUAUUUUUCUUUUGCUAAAUUUUGUGCCUUUGCUAAAAUCAUUGUGUUGUGUUUACAGUUGCAUUCUUGCUAGAUGCUGGAAAUAAGAUGCCCUCAAAUAAAUUUUAUGCAGGGUAGAGUGCCUUUAAGGUGCACCUGAUUUUAGCUAUUGGGUGCAAAGACACAAAUAAGAGCAGUGCCUGAUUUCAUUGAGGGGAGGGAGCAGUGAGUAAGGGUGACCAAUGUUGAAAGAGAAGGAUUAUGUCAAAGUGCAGGUUAAACUAAUUUAAUGUUAGUGACUUAGGAACCAUAUUCCUUUCAGUAAUUACAAUUCAAUACUUGUCUGUGUCGACAUUGGUUGGCUUCCUGCACAAUAGUUGCAUUAGUGGGAAAGGCUAGCUUUAGAAGUUGUAUAGAAUAAUUUCAGUUCAUCAUGUGAACGUGGGAGCUUUCUUGAUGGAAACUUUGUGUGCCUGACUUCGUGCCACAGUAGUGAAUUUGAUUUGUUGCGUGCAAGUAACAAGCUGGGAACAGCCAGUGUGAUGGGGUAAGUGUGCAUGGCAGUGGAUUGGACUGUAAUGUGUCAUGUGGGAUGAUGUACUUUCCCUCAUUAUCUGUGGCCAGCACUUAUGGGACAGUGCCUGUGUUGCCCUGAUGUUGACCAUGCGGUUUUUGCGACAACCUUUGUCAAAAGUAUACGGGCAUCUGCAAGACUGAUCAGAGCUAUUGCUGGGCUAGGUGGUGGUAGUGCUGUGACAGUCCUGGCGUUACAGAACUCUGAAAGGAAAGAGUUCUCGGUCUUCUGUGCAUUUGUGCUGGGUAUGCAUUAGAUGUCCACUGCUCAUCCUGCAUUCUGCUCUAGUCGCAUGCAGUCCAGACUAUAUACUUUUGACAAAGGGCAUACAAUUUGUGCAGGUGUGCAUGUUAAAAUAAGCAGUACAGAAGAUGCUGUGCAUGCGUGCUAGCCUCAGUGGCGACUGCAAAACCCGAACAGCAUAUUUGUGGGUAAUUUUUUAUGCUCGAAAUGUUUGAAUUUUUGUGAGCAUUGUCACAAGCAUACCUAGGACGCACAAUUCUGAAAGUAAUAGAGCGUAUAUUCUGUUUUCUAUGUAAAGUGAAUAGGUGGGUUAGUUGGUGCAUGUUCAUUCUGAUGUGACCAGCUAUAUAUACAAUGCACAAGACAUUGUGUCUCUCCUCUUGCUUGUUCUUGUCUCUCCAGCUGACCACAGUGCGAUAAACUUCAUGUGCAUCGAUGUUAGUGUGUUAGAAUUUUCCACUUUUAUUCCUGCUUUACCAUUUCAUGGCACAGUUAUGUAAUAACAUAGAUGCUGACUACAUUAAAAAAACUAGAUGGUUAAAAUCUUAAAAAAAACAAAGCAGUUCAGCUCCUGUGCAUGAGCUAAAAUGUCUAGUUGUUUCUAUUUAAUUGUUUUAACACUCUAGUUUUCUGAUUGUUCUGAACUUAUGUUCGUACACAACUGUACCAUAAUCAUUCCCUACCGGAAGAGCUUUUGUCAAAUUCUAGACUUUUGUCAUUUCUCCAGUGUGCUUUUAUUGUUCUGUAAGAAAUAUCAUUAAACUUUAUCAGGACUGUCCGCAUAGCAUAGUUUCAUACUACACUUACUAAAGGGAAGUCUUGUGCUGCAAUUAUUGUCUAUUGACCAUGAGAAUCCUGAGUAAUGGAUUUUUCUAUUUGGCACAGAUUCAUUAAGAAAGCAUAUUGCAGCUCUUGUUAUUUGAAGUUCAGUUGUGUUGCAUUUUAGCCUCGCAAUGUUUCUUCUGAGCAGUUCAAUCAUUUACAUUCUCGUUUAAGUGAUUUUCAGCACAUCAAUAAAUCAUGAUACUAUUGGGGAUGUGCAUCCCUAAAUGUCACUAAAUCAGACAGUGCAAUGUUAGUAACGCAAACCAUGUGUAAUGAUGGUUUGUAUUCUAGACAAUUAUCUUUGUUUGUACUGAUAUGGAAACUGUCAAAUGGCUCAAAUUAGGUCAUGAAGGGGACUUGUGCUAUAAGGAGAACUUCUGACAAAGUUAAGCAAAUUAAUGUACUGGCCAUCAUUACCAUGCUAUCACUGAGCAGCCGUAUUGUUAAAACACUAGUGCCAGAUUUUCCUAUAGUAUUCUUAGUGUGAAACUAUGCUACAGAGGUGUUUGACUACUUUUGAACAUAGCUCUCAGAUGUUCAUUGUGCUGUUGGCAUGGUCAUUCAGAAGGCAUACUAUUUUUAGCACCAUUGUUUAUUGUAAUUUCAGUAUGUUGAUUUUGGAUAUCCAUUUUGUUCCGCUGUCCCUCUCACCCUCUGUCGUACACGGGACAGAGCAGUUUCAUACACCAUUGGCUUUUAAUAGUGAAUAUUUUAUUCCGGUUGUUUAACCCUUUUUGUGCCAUGGACGAGCUGGGUUUGUCCACGUGUUUCUAGUAUAAAUGGCCAAGGACAAGCCCAGCUCAUUGGCGGUACUUUGCAUUUUCUAGCAAUGCCAUAGACAAGCUGGUUUUGUCAGUGCUUUGUUGUGCUUCUGGUAGGUGGCAGUGCAUAAUACAUGGGGCAGUGCAAGAGGGAGCAAGUUUACUCUGGUAGAGGCAACAAAACAUAUCGACAACUGGGGUCCUUCGAAAUAAUUUGGCCAUUUUUUGUCAGAAUUCGCAAUAGUAACGUGGCAUGAAAGGAGAUAAAUCUCAUGUGCCCUUGCCUCUUGCUUUGUUGCUGUUGGUGCAGUAAGCAGAUUUUUUCUUGCCAAUUUGGUGAUCCCACUGCCAACUUUUUUUUUCAACUGAAGGAAGUUGGGUACCCACACGAGCACAGUUAAGAAGUGCACCUGCUCGCGCCCUUGAAAUUGCCAUUUAGUUUAUUAAUUCACUAUGUGGUACUUUAUGUGCACUUUCUAAUGUCCUUCAUUCUGUUGAUUCCACCUGCCUCACACCCCUCUGAAUCAAUGCCUUCGGUGAACUCUUGAGAAUAUUUAUUUUACCUUCACUUGAGCGUGUGGCAUGUUUCACCUGAGCUGCCAAGGUGUAUGUGAGUGGUCUACAACAGAAAGAGUUGGCACGAGGCUUUUGUAUGUGAAAACUAACUCAGAAUUCUGUGAAACAUCAACAUAUGAACCUGAAGAUAAACUUGGGAAUCUGCAUGCGCAUAGUUCUUGUUGAAUGUCAGCCUUAAGUUUAACAAACGUGAUCUUAACUUUAUGUAUUAUAAGUUGAAGUAAUGAUUAUCAGCACAUUUCAGUUCGAGUUUUGCAGUUAAUGGUUGCUGAGGUGAAGCUUAGCAAUGCCAUAAAGCCUAAAUAUGAUUUAAAAUGAUUGUUUUGAGGUACAGAAGCUGCUUUGUUAUGGAAUCUUCCAAGCACCUUGCAGUGAAGUUUGAGUGUACAUAAUGAUGGUUGUCUUGCACCAUAUUGAACCCAAAUUGCUGCAUAUUUUUGUAAUUUGAGCAGCGAGACGUGUACAUUUUUUAGAAAGUACAGGUUGUGUUUUAUUACUUCCUAGUGCAACUGUUGCUCCUAAUCUACUUGCAUUGGAGUAAUUACGUCAAGUUUUGUACAGAAUGAGUGAGCAUGUUUGCAUAAUAAAUUGAUCUGACAAGAGA